AUGGGACGGUCAUCAAAGGACAAGCGCGAUGUCUACUACCGCCUGGCCAAGGAGAAUGGCUGGCGCGCACGCAGUGCAUUCAAGCUGUUACAGCUCGAUGAAGAAUUCCAGCUCUUCCAAGGUGUGAUGCGGGCCGUUGACCUAUGUGCAGCCCCAGGCAGCUGGAGCCAGGUUCUGAGCCAAAAGAUUGGGGGUGGGCAUGUAGUGGCUGUGGACCUGCAGGCUAUGGCUCCGCUGCCUGGUGUAUUACAGAUCCAGGGGGACAUCACCCAGCUGUCCACUGCCAGGGAAAUCAUUCAGCACUUUGAGGGCUGCCCUGCGGACCUGGUGGUGUGUGAUGGGGCUCCUGAUGUCACUGGCCUCCAUGAUGUUGAUGAGUACAUGCAGGCCCAGCUCCUCCUAGCUGCUCUGAACAUUGCUACACAUGUUUUGAAACCAGGGGGCUGCUUUGUGGCCAAGAUAUUCCGGGGCCGUGAUGUGACAUUACUGUACAGCCAGCUACGGGUCUUCUUCUCCAGUGUGGUAUGUGCCAAGCCCAGGAGUAGCCGUAACUCUAGUAUUGAAGCCUUUGCUGUCUGUCAGGGUUAUGACCCUCCUGAGGGCUUCACAGCAGACCUGACCAAACCCCUACUGGACCACACUUAUGACUCAGAUUUCAAUCAACUCGAUGGUCCGGCCCGCGUCAUUGUGCCAUUUGUGACCUGUGGGGACCUGAGUGCCUAUGAUUCUGACCGCAGCUAUCCACUGGAUCUAGAGGAUGGCUCAGAAUACAAAUAUACUUCACCCACACAGCCUCCCAUCUCUCCGCCAUACAAAGAGGCCUGCACACUGAAGAAGAAGGGGAAGCUGGCCAAGGAGAUUCGCUCCCAAGAGACUCCUAUCAGCACUGUGGAUGUGCUGUCCCAACCCCUGGCUAUCCCACCACAACAUACCCUGCAUUCCUUUGAAGGGGAAGACAGUCAUAUGAAUUGUUCACCUUAA